GGGGCGCGGGGGGGUGGGGCCUGUCGGCCCGCAGCCAAUCACCUCACCACCCGACUGCCGGUGGAAGCACUCCGGGAGCGGGUGCCCAAUCAGAGCGCUGCGUGCGGCGGAGGGCGGUGCUAGGAGCGCGGCGGCCAAUCGGCUCGCGAGUGUGGGAGGGAAGCGGAAGAAUGGGUGACGGACAGGCGGGUGGGCCAAUCGCAAGGAGGGGCGGUGAGCCGAGCGGCGGGGUGGGGCCGCGGCGUGGACGGACGUUUCCCUGGGCUUAUCAGAGCCGCGGGUGCUAUGGGCGGGGCCUGUCGCUGCUGUGCCGAUCGCGGUGUGAGGCUGUGUCCUGCAGGGAGAAGAAGUGGGUGACGGUGGGCGACACCUCGCUGCGGAUCUUCAAGUGGGUGCCGGUGGCCGACAGCAAGGAGAAAGAGAAAUCCAAAUCGAGCGGUGGUGUUGCACGGGAGCCCAAUGGUUUCCCCGCUGACACGGCUGCCAACUCCUCGCUGCUCCUCGAGUUCCAAGGUGCUGUUUCUGCAGAUGAGAACAGCAACCAGAGCUCCCUGUCAGAUGUCUACCAACUCAAGGUGGACAGCAGCCCCAACUCCAGCCCCAGUCCCCAGCAGAGUGAGUCCAUGAGUCCUGCCCACACAUCUGACUUCCGCACGGAUGACUCGCAGCCACCCACACUGGGGCAGGAGACUUUGGAAGAGCCCUCCCUGCCUUCCUCGGAAGUUGCUGACGAGCCUCCCACUCUUACAAAAGAAGAGCCAGUCCCCCUUGAGACUCAGGUAACUGAAGAGGAGGAGGACUCUGGCGCACCACCUCUGAAGAGAUUUUGUGCCGAUCAGAACUCUGUGUGCCACACAGCCUCGGAGAGCUAGCCUGCCUGUCCCCUGGGAGAGCCUUCGCCAGACCCUCGCAGAGCUGCCUGCCCUUCCCUGGGGAACGGGGUGCUUCCCCUGGCCUGCCCUUCCCGAGGGACAGGGCACUCCUGCUGCCUUGCCAUCCAGCCUGUCCUGCCCUCAGAGACAGGAGCCUCCCACCAGCCCCUGCAGAGGCAGCCUGCAAGCAAUUUCCCCAGCUGGAUGGGGCUGCCACCAGUACCUGCAGAUUUGCCUCUAUUUAUUGGCUCCCACUCUCCCUGCUGACCUGUGCUAUAGUGGCGUGGGGUCUCUGGUGUGUGGUCUGCAUGCACAGGGGGAGGGAUCCUUGGGGCGCCCUGCUUUCCAUCACCCCUAAUGCACUGGCAGAUGCUGUUUGCCUGCUUCUGGAUCCACUGUCCACCCUGUCCCGCGUGCUGGGAACAGAAGAGCCAUGUCCCACCUGCAGAAA